AUGAGGAUUGGUGGAGAAGGUCCUCCCCCCAACCCCAGCACACAUUCAGCAACUAAAGACUGUGUCAAGAUGACCUCUGAGGAGAUGACAGCGUCUGUUCUCCUCUCUGUGGUACAGGGUAAAGUGAUAGCUGCCCAGUCAGCUGGAGAUGAAAAUACUGAAAAUGCUUUGGACACCAGUGUUAUAAGAACACAUACUGCUGGUUCGGGAAGGCAAACCACACACAAUCUGUCUUACUUACACAGACUUGAAGAAGAAAGUCUUCAGGGCUCAGUGCCCAAAAUAUUCCCUCUGGCCAAAGAACAACUGACUAACGACAAGAGUAAUGAAAACUUUUGGGAGAGGAACAGCUCCAUCUCUGAUUCAGUGGAAUUUCUGAACAUUAACUGUAACAUUGUACAGAAGAACUACAAGAGCAAUAUCCCAUGCAGCCAGUUGUAUCAAUCUUGUGCUCCUUUAGCAGGGGAAGAGGCGUGCCUGGAAACUGGAAUUCCUGUUUCACUGGAAAGAGCCAUGCUUGCUGAAAUUCAGUUGAAAAUGAAUGGACCUUCAUUAAGAAGCCAGACAGCAGUAAAUAAGAAUGACUGCAGUGAUCCUGAUAAAGUGGCCUUUUUUCACUUACAUUGUGCUAGUGAAAGGAAUAUAUCAAAGGCUUUGUGUGGUUUACACAACAGCUUCAUUUUGGAUGACUGCUUGCAGCCCGUGGGUGAUGGUGAUGGUAACACCACUGGUUCCCCAGGCUGCACUUGCAGCAUAAUGCAGUUGACAAAUAAUUGUGAGAAUGAAAAUGGGCAGCAGUUGUAUGACGAUGCUUUAAGGAAUAAGUACUUAUGUCUGGAAAGAGCACCACGGAAGGUUAAAGUGGCAUGCUCAGGUCACAACGUCUGUGGAAAUAACUUUACUGGAAGAAUGCCCUCAAAGCCCUUUCUGAGCCAUUUUGAGGACUGUAAUGAUAACUGUGAAGAAGAGUUGGAAGAGGAUUUUUUUAGAAACAAAAAGGAACGUUCUACUCUAUUAAUAAGACGUUUCUGUAAAAAUGAUAAAGAGGUUAAAAAAUCAGUUUAUACUGGAACAAGAGCAAUUUUUAGGACUUUACCAUCUGGGCACAUAGGAACUGUUGCUUGGAAUUAUGUUGAGCAAAGGAGAAACAACAGUGGCAUGAAGCUUUCUAGGAUUACAACAGAACAGCUAACUAUAAUUCAGUCCCUAAUAAAAUGGAAAUUUAAUUCCUGUCUUGAGAAGUCUUUAUGGUAUGAGGUCUUCAGUGCAGUGAGAGAAGAAGAGGAAGGAGCAGAAGAUAUUUUUGAAUAUAUUCCUCAUCUUCUGAGAAAGCUCCCAACAUCUGUUACAGACUGUAUAUACAAAGGAGAUGGUUUUUGUGUAAAACCAUGUGUAACAGGUGCUUACUGUCAAUAUCGUGCCACUCUGCAGAGGACUGCACUCUCUAACUACAUAACUGGUGCUUUACUAGAAGCAACUACAUCAUUAGGAGCAAGAAGUGGUCUUUUAAAUAUCUUUGGAGGAUCAACUGGAAGAACAAUGCUUAAAGAACGCCAAGCGUGUACAUCUAUGGCUGGAUCCAGCGUCCUUCCCUCCAGCGCGGCCGGUAUCAGCAAGGAGCUGAUCGAACUGCAGCACCUCAUCCAGUUCCCAGAGGAGGUUGCCAGCAUUCUGACUGAGCAGGAGCAGCAGCUCUACCGCAGAGUCUUACCCAUCGACUACCUCUGCUUUCUAACCAGGGAUUUGGGUAAUGCUGAGUGUCAAAGCAAGCUGCCAUCUAUUAAAGCUUCCAUAUCUGCUACUAUUCUUUCUUCUCCCAAUGGUGAACAUAAUGCUGUAGAAGAUCUUGUGACAAGGUUUAAUGAGGUGAGCUCAUGGGUUACCUGGCUGAUCCUGACUGCAGGUUCUAUGGAGGAGAAACGAGAAGUCUUCUCAUACUUAGUACAUGUAGCAAAAUGCUGCUGGAAUAUGGGCAACUACAAUGCUGUAAUGGAAUUUCUGGCAGGGCUAAGGUCAAGAAAAGUUUUAAAAAUGUGGCAAUUUAUGGACCAGUCUGAUAUUGAAACCAUGCGAAGUCUGAAGGAUGCUAUGGCACAACAUGAGUCAUCAUCUGAAUACAGGAAAGUGGUCAACCGGGCACUCAAUAUUCCAGGCUGUAAAGUUGUUCCUUUCUGUGGUGUAUUUUUAAAAGAGCUCUGUGAAGUUCUGGAUGGAGCAUCAAGCCUCAUCAGACUCUGUCCCCGAUAUAAUUCCCAGUAUGAAACAUUAGAGUUUGUUUCAGAUUACAGCGGACAAGAUAACUUCUUACAACGAGUAGGCCAAGAUGGUUUAAAUAAUCCAGAAAAAGAAUCAACAACAAACAGUAUAUUUCAAACUAUUCGGAGCUGCAAUCGCAGUUUGGAUUCAGAAGAGGGUGAAGAUAAUGUUAGUGAAGGGAGUGAUUCAAGGAAAAACUCUUUGAAGGACAAAAACCGGUACCAAUUUCUCAUCGGAGAUCUUUCAGAUUCAGAAAGUGACAUAUUUGAGCAGUUGAAAGAAUGGGACGCAGGUUCAACAGAAGAGCAGCAAAAGGCUUUCUGCCAUGGCAUAGAACUCAUUCCCUGGUACGUGUUGUCCAUCAGGGCUGACGUCCAUCAGUUCAUGCAGCAAGGGGCAACCGUCAUUCAUUAUGACCAGGAGACACAUCUCUCAGCUCGUUGCUUUCUUCAGCUCCAGCCUGACAAUAGUACUUUGACUUGGACAAAACCCACUACAGUUUGCCCUGCAAAUGCUAAGGCAAAGCUGAGUGUGCUGGGAAAUGCUGCUGAGCUUGGUAAAUACCAGUUUCUUGGUAAUACGGGACUGGUGGAAGGCUUUUUGGACUUGUUUUCAGCCAAGGCUGUCUAUAUGGGACACUCGGGCAUUGAUAUGCACACUGUGUGUGUUCAAAAUAAACUUUGCAAUAUGUCCCUCGAAGAAAAUGGUAUAACACUACUUUAUGGACUUCAGACUACUGAUAAUAAGUUGCUGCACUUUGUUGCUCCAAAAUACACUGCCAGAAUGCUGUAUGAUGGAUUGCUGGAAUUGACUAAAGCUGUAAGAAAAAUGAGGAGAUUCCCUGAUCAAAGACUACAGUGGCUACGGAAACAGUAUGUCAGCCUUUACCAGGAAGAUGGAAGGUUUGAAGGCCCAACCUUGGCUCAGGCUGUUGAGCUGUUCGGAGGCAGACGGUGGAGUGCAAGAAGCACAGGCACAGGAUCUCUCACCAAAAGCACUGAGAAGCCCAAUGUGCAGAGAAACAACACCCUGGGAAUCAGCACAGCUAAGAAAAAGAAGAAAGUACUCAUCAGGGGUGAAAGUGGAGAGGCCACUGAUGAUGAAAUGGCAACUCGGAAGGUAAAAAGCUGUAAGGAGUGUCGUAAUAGAAGUGGUUCAGAUCCUCAAGAUAUUGAUGAACAAGAAGAGCCAGAUCAAAAUACUAUUAUUAAUGCUUCUCCAUCUAACAACCUGCCAUCAAGAAGAGCUCACUCUCUGACAGCAUCUGGAUCUCCCAACUUAGGAGCUACAUCAUCUUCACCAGCAAGACCAGUCUCCUCUCCUGUAAUACCGUCAAGCAAAACUCAGUCUAGCGCAUGGAGCAGCAGUAGCUGGCAUGGCCGUGUCAAAGGAGGAAUGAAGGGAUUUCAGAACUUCAUGGUGUCUGAUAGUAACAUGACUUUUGUGGAAUUUGUAGAGCUUUUCAAAUCUUUCAGUGUCCGUAGCCGCAAGGAUCUGAAAGACCUUUUUGAUAUUUAUGCUGUGCCUUGCAAUCGAUCUGGCUUAGAGCCCACUCCACUUUAUACUAAUUUGAAGAUUGAUGAAAAUAGCAAUGGAUUCCAGCCUGAUUUAGAUUUGUUGACUAGAAAUGUUUCAGACCUUGGUUUGUUCAUUAAGAACAGGCAGCAGCUAUCAGACAACCAGAGGCAAAUAUCUGAUGCUAUUGCUGCUGCCAGCAUUGUAACCAAUGGUACUGGAGUUGAAAGCACAUCACUGGGAGUAUUUGGAGUAGGAAUCCAGCAGCUCAAUGACUUCCUAGUGAAUUGCCAAGGAGAACACUGCACCUAUGAUGAAAUCCUCAGUAUUAUCCAGAAAUUUGAACCUAGUGUGAACAUGUGCCAGCAGGGGCUGCUAUCUUUUGAAGGAUUUGCAAGAUUUUUAAUGGAUAAAGACAACUUUGCCUCCAAAAAUGAUGAAUCACAGGAGAAUGCUGAGGACUUGCACUUUCCUCUCUCAUAUUACUACAUAGAAUCCUCACACAAUACUUACCUUACUGGCCAUCAGCUUAAAGGGGAGUCCUCGGUGGAGCUCUACAGCCAGGUUCUUCUACAAGGCUGCAGAAGUGUAGAAUUGGACUGCUGGGAUGGUGAUGAUGGGAUGCCUAUCAUUUAUCAUGGCCACACUCUUACUACAAAGAUCUCUUUUAAGGAGGUGGUGGAAGCCAUCGAUCGCAACGCGUUCAUCACCUCCGACAUGCCAGUCAUCAUCUCCAUAGAAAACCACUGUUCGCUGCCCCAGCAGCGCAAGAUGGCCGAGAUUUUCAAGAAUGUAUUUGGAGAUAAGUUGGUGACAAAGUUUUUAUUUGAGAGUGACUUUUCUGAUGAUCCCAUGCUGCCUUCCCCUGGCCAACUGAGAAGAAAAAUCCUGCUUAAAAACAAGAAGCUGAAAGCCCAUCAAACACCAGUGGAUAUAUUGAAACAAAAGGCUCACCAGCUGGCACACUUGCAAGCACAGGCUAGCAAUGGUGCUAGCAACCCCACACCUACCAAUGAAGAGGAAGAAGAUGAAGAGGAUGAAUAUGACUAUGACUAUGAAUCUCUCUCUGAUGAUAAUAUUCUUGACGACCGACCUGAGAAUAAAUUAUCAAGUGAUAAACUGCAGUUUGAAUAUAAUGAAGAGACUGCCAAACGACUAAAGAAGGCUGAUUGUGCUACUUACAAUAAUAAAGGAAAGGUUUAUGACAUGGAGCUGGGUGAAGAAUUCUAUCUUCCACAAAAUAAGAAGGAAAGCAGACAAAUAGCCCCAGAGCUAUCAGAUCUUGUCAUUUACUGUCAAGCUGUAAAGUUCCCGGGCUUGUCAACACUGAACCCAUCUGGCUCUAGCAGAGGAAAAGAAAGAAAAAGCAGGAAGUCCAUUUUUGGCAACAAUCCUGGCAGGCUGAGCCCUGGGGAGUCAGCUGCUCUUGCCAAAGCAUCUGGAAAAGGUCCCUUUGAUGCGAUGCGGCAGACCUGGGAAGAUCCUUGCUCUCCUUACAACUCUCCAGCUUCCCUCAGUGCCAUCAUAAGGACCCCUAAGUGCUAUCACAUCUCGUCCCUGAACGAGAACGCUGCCAAGCGGCUCUGCAGGCGCUAUUCCCAGAAACUGAUCCAGCACACCACCUGCCAGCUCCUGAGGACCUACCCCGCUGCCACGCGCAUCGACUCCUCCAAUCCCCACCCCCUGAUCUUCUGGCUCCAUGGUGUACAGCUCGUGGCUCUGAACUACCAAACGGACGAUCUUCCUCUGCAACUCAAUGCAGCAAUGUUUGAGGCUAACGGUGGCUGUGGAUAUGUUUUGAAACCUCCGGUUCUGUGGGAUAAAAACUGUUCAAUGUACCAGCAGUUUUGUCCAUUGGAAAGAGAUCUCGAUAAUAAGGAGCCAGCUAUAUAUUCUUUAACAAUCGUGUCUGGCCAGAACGUUUGCCCCAGCAAUAGCACAGGCAGCCCCUGCAUCGAGGUCGACGUGCUGGGGAUGCCCCUGGACAGCUGCCACUUCCGCACAAAGCCCAUCCACCGCAACACUCUCAACCCCAUGUGGAACGAGCAGUUCCUGUUCCGGGUUCACUUCGAAGAUUUGGUCUUUCUCCGGUUCGCAGUUGUUGAAAAUAACAGCUCAGCUGUAACAGCUCAGAGAAUCAUUCCCCUAAAAGCGCUCAAGAGAGGCUACAGACAUGUUCAGCUCCAUAACCUACACAAUGAAACAUUAGAAAUUUCCAGUUUGUUCAUAAACAGUCGGAGAAUGGAAGAAAGUCCCUCUGGAAACACCCUGCCUGCAUCUAUGUUGUUUAGCCUGGGAGAAAGGAAAGCUGCUGUGACUUACAAAGUGACAAUUCAUGGAAUUCCAGGCCCGGAGCCUUUCACUGUUUUCAGUGUAAGUGCAGGGACCACAGCUGCACAGCUGCUCCAUCAGCUCUUGGCUACCAUAAAAGGCACAGAGUCAUGCGCUGCAGACUAUUUUCUGAUGGAAGAGAAAAGUUUUAUAUCUAAAGAAAAGAGUGAAUGCAGAAAACCACCAUUCCAAAGAGUGAUUGGUCCUGAAGAAGGGCUAGUGCAGCUUUUAAACAGUUGGUUCCCAGAAGAAGGAUAUGUUGGAAGAAUCAUCUUUAAAACUCGAGAGGAAAAUUUAAAUGAGAGAAAUGUCUUUCAUGAAGCAAAGGAAGAAGCAGCCAUCAGCUCUGAGGAUGACAGCUUCUUUGUUCAGGUACACGAUGUCUCCCCAGAGCAACCACGCACUGUGAUCAAAGCUCCACGGUUCAGCACAGCUCAGGAUGUCAUACAGCAGACUCUCUGCAAAGCCAAAUACUCCUACAGCAUUUUGAGCAAUCCAAACCCAAGUGAUUAUGUGCUCUUGGAAGAGGUGACUAAAGAGCCAGCAAACAAAAAGUCUUCAACAUCUAAACCAUCUCAGAGGAUUCUCUCCGAUCAAGAGUGUGUGUUUCAAGCCCAAAGCAAGUGGAAGGGAGCAGGAAAAUUUAUCCUUAAGCUCAAAGAACAGGUUCAGGCAGCACGAGAUGACAAGAGAAAAGGCAUCUCCUUCACCAGUGAGCUGAAGAAGUUGACCAAGUCGAGUAAGCAGUACCGGGGCUUCGUGUCGCCGCCGCUGCAGGUCCUGUCCGACAGUCCCCAGGGCAGGGACGAGAGAGCCGCGUGCGCCUUGGCCUUCAGUGACAUCAUGGAAUAGUCCGGGCUGCUGCCAGACAAGGCCUGCUCAGUGCCUCUGAAGGAUCCUGCUGCAGACUGAACUGGUCAGCAACUGUGUGCCCUGUGCUGCAGAUGUUAAUCCAGGCAAUGCUGCUGGAUUAGCAUCCAGAAUCUGGGAAUCCUAAAUGGGAUGCUGUAGAUGGGAAAGAUGCCUGUCAGCUCUUGGAAGAUUCCUCUCUUCCUGUACCUCUGCAUCUGCAGAUUCUCCAUAGGCGGAUGGAGUUUUCUUGGACUGUGUGUUGUAAACAAACACGUGUCAUCACCCUCCCGUUUUUAAACAAAAGAUAAUUUUAGCUUGUUGCCUUUAAGGAAUCUGAAGGCAGAGAACCAGAGUGUUCUUUUAUGUGUAUUAUAUUAAAAUAACGCACUUUUACCUGAGGAUUACUGUUAAACACUGUGUUAAGUGAUUGUAAAGAGAUUUAAAUAUACUGUAACUUCCUUUGCAUAUCUGUUUAACUUUGGUGAAUAUACACAAAACAGUCAAAGUAAUUUAUCUUCAUUAACAAAAUAAUGUACAAUAGCUGAAUACACCUUACUGGUAGUGAGACCUUGGCAAAGAACAACAUUUUCUUCUUAAAAAUUUUAGUUCUCCAGGCUUGUGUUUAAAAAUGAAUAUUUAUUAUCAUGUUUCAAAGUACAUGCCAGUGUAUAGUAUAUUUAUCCUAUACUACUUUUUAGAAAAUUAAGACUUUUUUAUCUUUCUCUGGAUUUAGAGGAAAAAAAAUAUUAGAACUUUUCUGGUUGUUUCUUUUCAGCACAAGGUGUUUAAUACCCAGUACUGACCAAAGUCAAAACAAUGCAUUGAUAAGUGUAAUUAACAUUUCAAAAUUUUGAAUUCAAACCACAUUUUUCCAUGUAGCCAGGAACUGUCCUUUUACUUGUCUGUUAAACCCAGAGAGUAUUAUAAAGAACUUUAUAACUCUUGACAAUUCUGUUUACAUAGAAACACUGUUGGGAAGUUUUACAUGUCCUGAAUUCAUCUUUUGUUAUCUGAUUUUUUUUUUCCCUCCACGGGAGUUACUGAUGUGUUUAGUUAUUUAAAAUAAUCCAUUACAGGGGCACAAACUACACAACUGCUGCAAUCAGACAUCCCUUUGAUCUCCCACAAGAAAUGUAUCUGUAGGGAACAAACUGCUCGGCACAUGUUUUUGUUUCACUAGUGCAAACCAUAAACAGAGGAAAGAAGUUACAGGCAGUAGUCUCAGGACAGCUAAUGCCCCCCCUAUGAAUUAGAAGGUGAAAUAAAAGUAAACCAAGUAAUUAACUGGCAUAUAAACAAGCAGACAGAACAUACAUUCUGUCACCAGAAACUAUGAUGUCUUUCAGUGUCUUUCUACACACUACAGAAAACGCCUAUGAAAUAGCCAUUUACCAAAGCAAAAAAGUGCCCUCUUGAGGUCACUUCCAGCUUUCAGGAAAAAUAACCACAGACAUUCAGAAAAGUCAGAUUUCUCAGUGGCAUAUCCUCACAGAGGCCAUGCACUUCCCACUGCUCAUCUUUAACAAAAGUUUUGAAUUUUGUGUACCAGAGCAGCAUUUUGUAAAUCAGCAGCAUGACCCAACUCAAGCCCCCAGCCAGCUCAGCCCAUCACUAAUUACCAAUUCCAACAGUAGCAGCCCCUGUGAGGGACGUGCUCCCUCCCCACUCUGCCCAAGGCAAAAACUGACCCCAAGCAAAAUGUUAAGAAGUGGAAAUUUACAUAUCAUUUUAUAUGUACAGUUUGUUUGCUUUGGAAUGCUUAGGAAUUACUGGGAAAUACAUCAACCUGCUGCACAAUUCAACUAAUGCAACCAUUUUUUUAAAUGUUAGCUUUGUUCUCUCUGUUAUUUUAACACAGUAGCAGUUUGACCUCACUGAGAAUUUUUUCCUUUUGGUAUUUUUGUGGCAUUUUAAACAAUGCUUAAUGUCCUUCAGUUUGCCCUUACCUGUUUUCUUUUUUG